CGUCAAGGCGGGGCUUCCGGCGCACACCUGGCGACAGUCAUCUUGGGCUCUCUGGUAUCUGCCUACUGCACGCGAUUUUUCAGCGGUCAGUGGAUAGACAUAGAGUGAGCAGAAAGACUGGAGAGCUAGUGUAGUCCCCGCUGACGGAGACGGCUCUGAGGAUUACCAAAGGGCGCUGCGGAGUGACUGCAGUUACGGCGGAGUCCGCCUCUUGUGGCUUUAUCCCACCUACAGGCUUUGAUGGUGACGCUUGCCCGGAAGGACCCGGUUCAGGUACCUAUGGGUGCAGAAGUGCUUACUAACCAUGCACAGGGCAGAGUGACUUUUGGGGAUGUGGCUGUGGACUUUUCCUGGGAAGAGUGGAAGCUUCUUGAUGAGACACAGAGACUCCUGUACUUGGAUGUGAUGCUGGAGAACAUUGCCCUUGUGGCCUCACUGGGACUUAUAUCUUCCCGGAUUCAUGUUGUUCAGCUGGAGGUGGGAAAACAGACCAGGCUGCCUGACACAGCUGACUUUACUCCAGCCAUCUUGAGGAGUACUGGCUCUGGUUGUUUGUUUCCAAUGGAAGUUGAGGAGGCAUCUUCUCAAGGAGAGUCACAAGUCAGGGCUCUGAAUGCAGGUACUGCCACCCAGAAAGUCUGCCCUUGUGAGGUGUGUGGCCCAGUGAUGAAGGACAUUGUAUUUCUGGCUGAGCAUCAAGAAAUACACCCUGGGCAGAAGCUUCAUUCAUGUGAGGCCUGUGGAAGACAGCUGUGGUUUUUUACAGAUGUCCUUCAGCAGCACAUUCAGGAGCAGCACAUUGAAGAGAAAGAUGUUGAGAGGUGUGAGGAGACAGCUGUGAUUGUUAACAGCUCUAGCGCACACACCUCAGUGAGUUCCUUUAUGUACAUAGAUGAUGAAGAGGAUCCCUUGGGCAGUUCAGGCCAUCUCCCAUACCAGGUUGGGAGUAAUGAACAAAAUCCACAUACAAGCACUAGCUACAGCACAGCCUUUCAAACUAAGGAAAAACUUUAUGAGUGCAGUGAAUGUGGGAAAUUCUUCAGUAACAAAAUUGCACUUGUUUGGCACCAGAGAAUCCACAGAGAACUGAUGGAAAGUGGAAAUAUCCUGAGACCAGACUCUGUCCUUAUUGCACAUCCAAGAGUUCAUACUGGUGAGAAACCAUGUGAGUAUGAUGAACAUGGGAAGUUCUUUAGCCAAAGCUCCAGCCUCAUCCUACACCAGUGGGUUCAGUCUACUAUAAAGCCUUAUCAGUGCAGUGAAUGUGGAAAAGCCUUCAGGUGCAAAUCCAGGCUUGUUCAGCACCAGAGAAUCCACACUGGAGAAAGGCCUUUUGAAUGUACCAAGUGUGGGAAGUUCUUUAGACAGAGUUCUGUCUUUAUUGAACACCAGAGAGUUCACACUGAAGCAAAACCUUAUCAGUGCAAUGAAUGUGGGAAAUUCUUUAGGAGUAAAGUAACGCUGGUUCGACACCAUAAACUCCACACAGGUGAAAAGCCUUAUGAAUGCAGUGAAUGUGGGAAAUCAUUUAUUCAGAGCUCUUACCUUACUGCACAUAUGAGGGUUCAUACUGGAGAAAAGCCUUAUGCGUGCAGUGAAUGUGGGAAAGCGUUCAGAAUCAAAAACAAACUUGUGCGGCACCAGAGAAUCCACACUGGAGAAAAGCCUUAUGAGUGCACUGAGUGUGGGAAGUUCUUUAGAAGCAGAGUGAUACUAGUUCGGCACCAGAGAAUCCAUACUGGAGAAAAGCCUUAUGAAUGCACCGAAUGUGGGAAGUUCUUUAGAGAAAGCUCUAGCCUUAUUUCACACCAGAGAGUUCACACUGGUGAAAAGCCGUAUGAGUGCACUGAAUGUGGGAAGUGUUUUAGCCAUAGAUCAAGCCUCAAUUUACACCAGCGAGUUCAUACUGGAGCAAAACCUUACGAAUGCAGUGAAUGUGGAAAAGCUUUCAGCCGUAAAGAUGGACUUGUUCAACACCAGAGAAUUCACAGUGAAGAAAGGCCUUAUGAGUGCAGCAUAUGUGGAAAAUUCUUCAAACAAAGCUCUGGACUCUUUGUACACCGGAGAAUUCACAGAGGAACAAGGCCUUAUCAGUGUAAUGAAUGUGGUAAAAACUACAGCAGGAGAUCCCACCUUGUUCAGCACAAGAAAUUUCACAUUGGAUAAAGGCUACCUAAAUUGAACAAAAUGUGAGAAAGCCUACAGCAGAAGCACUGUCCUCAUUUAUCAUAAAACACAACACUGAAGUAAGGCCUUGUGCAUGCAGCCUAUGUGAAAAAGCCUACAGCAGCCGACACAUACUUCUUCUACACUAGAGAAAGGACACUGGAGAAUAUGGCUGAAGCAUUCAUAUAUAAUCUGAUCCAGCACCAAAAUAGACACAUUGGAGAGAUUAUGUGACAGAUGUACAAAAUUUUUAUAUAAAUGGGUUCAGAGGGUUCACACUAAAUCAAAAUUUUUGUAGCAAUUUUAGAGCAUUCUUUUAGAAUAAAAUUACACUUGUUGGGCACAAGAGAAUGCCCACUGGGAAUAGGACUGAUGAGUACACUGAGUGUGUGAAAUUGUUUUGCCAAAGCUCUGGCCUUACUGUACAUCAGAAAGUUCACAUCUGUUAGAUGAGUGAAUUGAAUAUGAAUACUUUUUUAAGCCAAGGCUCCAACUUCACUUACAACAGAGUUCAUAUCAGAGCAAGGCCUUAUCAGUACAAGAAAUAUGGGUAAGCAUCCAGCCUUAAUCCAUAUUUCUUUAGAAAGAGAAUCCAUACUGAAAAAUGGACUUCUCAGUUCUAAAAAUGUGAAAAAUUAUUUAGGUUCAUGUGUGGCUUCAUUAAGCAUUGGAGAAGUCAAUGCACAGGAGGAAAGUACAGUCAUUGAAAAAGAUAACAGUUGGUGACCUUUACUUACUUCCCACUGAGAAGGGCCUUAGGAGUAUGGAAGAUGUGCUGACUGUGUAUUCACCAUAAGGGUGGACAUUGGAGGAACACUGUGAGAAACCAUCAGCCAAAUGUUAAAUCUCACAUCUGGAUAUCAACACUUAAGAUUCCUUUUACUUACGUGGACAUUCUCAGGACUGCAUUGCACAUUCUGAUUUCAUCCAAAGGCCCUGAGUAUAUCAAUACCAGUACUUUUGGCUGAAGGUUCCUCACCUCUGCCACUUGGCAAGUAUGAACUGUAUAAUUCCAGUAUUCUCAGUGAGCACACACUUCAGUGGCCUUUCUCCUAUUCCCUGGAGGCAAAUCAGAAGUUGUUUAAGCAUAAUUAUAAUUGGAACUGAAACAGUAUGUGAGUGAUAACUGGGGAUGACUUAAGCUCUAGGGUUUUACCCUACAUAAUGGUGCUUUCACAAAUAUUCUAGUCUAGUGACCAUAGCUCUGAGAGAUAGGGUUAUGCAGAUAUACUCAGGACCAUUCAACUUAUGAAUUACCUAUGGCCACAAUGACUGGCAGAGUAUAUAAUCCAGCAGUUUUCUGGAUUUCUGUAGCCUGCUUGGGCUGUUCACUUCAAAGCCACUGCUGCACUGGCAGGAAAUGGGAGCCAGAGAAGAGAUACUAUAGUCCAGAGAUAAAAGACUAUUAUCUCAUGUAGAAAUACCUUCAUUAACAGUCUUCCUAAAGGAUGGAGAGAAUUAUAGUGGAGUCAAUAUAUGUACUCAAGCUGAUUUUUCAAGAGGACUAGGAGGGGCCUGGGAUAUAACUCAGCAGCGCAGCACCUACCUGCCAAGCUCAAGGUCAUUAGCUUGAUCACUGGUAUCGCCACUUCCCUAAGUCUAAAAAAAAGAGGACUAGAAGAUCUGCAUUUUUACAUGGAACCAUUUUUUGAUGGUAUAUUGAGAUAUAAUUGAUAUAAAUUAUAGACUUAAAGUCUUAACAUGUAGAAACCCAUGAAGCCACCAUGAUAAUAUACUCAUCACCUGCAAAGUUACCUUGUAUGCCCACCCAUACAGAAUUCCUAUCUUCCCUGACUCUUCUACAUCACCAGAGAUUUACUGUCAGUAUAAACUAGUUUGCUUUUCCUAGGAUGUUAUAUAAAUGACAUCAUAAAAUAUUUACUCUUUUUUUUUUUUUAAGAGAUAGGAUUUCACUAUGCAGUUCAGACUGGCCUUGAAUUCACUGUGUAGCCCAGGCUGGUCUUGAACUCACAGCAAUCCUCCUGCCUCAGCCUCUGAGUGCUGGGAUUACAGGCACGCGCCACCAUGCCCGGCUUUUAUCCGUCAUUUGGAGGUUCAUCCAUGUUGCAUGUAUGAGUUUUUGUGUUCUCUGUUACUGGAUCGUACUUUUUUUGGUAUGAAUAUAUCAUAACGUGUUAUUCUAUAUAUCUGUUAAUGGACUUUGGAUUAGUUCCAGUAGAGGGUUAUAACAAAGUUGUAAUUAGCAAUCUUGUACUAGUUAAUACCUAGAAGUACAUUACCUAUAUUAAAAUGAGGUAAAUGUUUAUCAUUCUAUAGACUGACUAUGGCAAAAUUGUACCAUGGUACAUUUUUAUUAGUAUUACCUGAUUCCAAAUCUGUACCCUUGACAUAUGGUAUGUCAGUCUUUAAUUUUAUGGAUGAUGCUCUUAUAAAGAAUAUUCUUUAUAAGAUAUCAAUUUCCAGUUCUUUGUCAGUACAGAGAAGUAUAAUUAUAUAUUGAUUUCCUAUCCUGGAAACUAGUAUUUCUUGUUUUUGCUUUGUUUGCAGAGUCCAUGGAAUUUUCUCCAUAAACCCCCAUGUUGUCUGUAAAGAAAAGUUUUUUUUUUUAAAAAGUGGGAAUUGUCAGAUUUAUUGCCAUAGAUUUGUACCAGAAUAAAAAAGGGGCAGAGUGUUGCUUAGUACAAAAACCCUAUGUUCACUUCUCAGUACCUAAAAUACAAAUCUACGAAGUGUUAAUGACAACUGAUUUAAUCUGCUAUCAGACUGUGUCUCCCCCAACACAAAUUCUUGUAUUGAAGCCCCACUGCCCAGUGUGAUAGCAUUUGGAGGUGAGGCUGUUGGGAGGUUAGGUUAGGUGAGGCAAUGGUAGGAUUAAUGGCCUCAUAAGUAGGAAAAGAGACCAAAAUCCUUUCUCUCUCUGCCAUGUUGGAAUAUAUCAAGACAGCCAUUUGUAAGCCAGGCAGAGAAGCCACCCCAAGAACCUAACCAUAUUGGCACCCUGAUUUCAGACUGUUAGCUUCAGACCUAUGAGAAGCAGAUGUAUAUUUUUAAGCCACCUAAUCUCUGGUAUUCUGUUACGCAGUCUAGAUUAAGAUACAACCAUUAUAGGGAAAGGGGAUGGAAAAGAAUUAAGAGUGCUGUGUACAUGUGCCAAUGCCUCAUGAGACUAUAGUCAUAUACUGUAGAUAUGUACUAAUAGUUGCUUUUAAUUUAGCCUGACAGUGCACACUUGUAAUCCCAGCAUUCAGGAGGCUGAAGCAGUAGGAUCAUGAGUUCAAGACCAAACCUGGGCACAUAGUGAGUUUAAAGCCAGCCUGAAGUACACAGACCCUGCCUCAAAAAAUAAAAAGUAAAUACAUAGCCCUUCUCAAAAAGGAGAAAUUUUUAAAAGUAUGUAACCCAUUAAAUCAAGAAUAAAUGUGACUUUCUGCCUCAGGCACUGAUAAGAAAUGAAUGUCAUUUUCUUAACAAGUAGAAAUAACAUACAAUGGGUGAUAAAAAUGAUGAAAUUAAAAAAAAUUGAAACCGUAAGUCUAGUGAAAGAUAUUGCCAAGAAUGGUAAGUAUGGGUUAGGGAAGGAUUUUGAGGGAGUUUAAUGGCAAUGUAUCUUUUAUUGUAAUAAAUUUUUAAAAACUCAA